AUAUCGUCACCGUCUUCCACCUCUCGCCUUCUUUACUCUCCGAAUUUUCUUCCCUUUUUUUAAUAUAUAUUCUGCUUUGCCGUACGCUGGUGCGCCUCCCGUCCCCCUCCCCACCUCGGCAUCGACGCGAUUUUGCGUGCCCGACGGACAUGGCGGACGCGCCGGUGGAGCUGCCGAGCCGGCUCGCCAUACUGCCCUUCCGCAACAAGGUGCUGCUCCCUGGCGCCAUCGUGCGGAUCCGCUGCACAAACCCCAGUAGUGUGAAGUUGGUAGAGCAAGAGCUCUGGCAGAAGGAAGAGAAAGGCCUGAUCGGGGUACUUCCUGUGCGGGACUCGGAGGCAACAGCUGUUGGCUCUUUGCUGUCUCCUGGUGUGGGCAGUGAUUCAGGUGAAGGAGGCAGUAAGGCUGGUGGUUCUGCUGGAGAGUCGUCAAGGCAGGACACAAAAAAUGGGAAGGAUCCCAUUCACUGGCACAGCAAGGGAGUUGCUGCCAGAGCUUUACACCUUUCCAGAGGGGUGGAGAAGCCAAGUGGAAGGGUUACAUACAUUGUUGUUCUUGAAGGCCUAUGUAGGUUCAACGUUCAGGAACUAAGUGCAAGAGGACCAUACCAUGUUGCCCGCGUUUCACGCCUUGACAUGACAAAGAUUGAAUUGGAUCAGGCAGAGCAGGACCCAGAUCUUAUCGCUCUUUCUAGGCAGUUUAAAGCUACUGCCAUGGAACUAAUUUCUGUUCUAGAACAGAAGCAGAAGACGGUUGGUAGGACAAAGGUGCUUCUUGAUACAGUUCCUGUUUACAGGCUAGCUGAUAUUUUUGUUGCUAGCUUUGAGAUAAGUUUUGAGGAGCAGCUUUCGAUGCUGGAUUCAGUUGACUUGAAAGUUAGACUUUCAAAGGCAACUGAACUUGUAGACAGACACCUGCAGUCCAUCCUUGUAGCUGAGAAAAUAACGCAGAAGGUUGAGGGGCAGCUAUCCAAGUCACAAAAAGAAUUUCUACUGCGCCAGCAGAUGAGGGCCAUAAAAGAAGAACUUGGUGAUAACGAUGAUGAUGAAGAUGAUGUGGCUGCACUGGAGAGAAAGAUGCAGAAUGCAGGAAUGCCCGCUAAUAUUUGGAAGCACGCUCAAAGGGAAAUGAGGCGCCUACGAAAGAUGCAACCUCAGCAACCUGGUUAUAGUAGCUCCCGAGCCUACUUGGAACUUGUUGCUGACCUUCCUUGGCAAAAAGUUAGUGAAGAAAGGGAGCUUGACCUUAGAGCUGCAAAAGAGAGCCUUGAUCAGGAUCAUUAUGGACUAACAAAAGUUAAGCAAAGGAUUAUUGAGUAUUUGGCUGUUCGUAAGCUUAAACCUGAUGCCAGGGGUCCAGUGCUGUGUUUUGUUGGACCACCUGGUGUUGGGAAGACAUCUUUGGCCUCCUCCAUAGCAAAGGCCCUGAACAGAAAAUUCAUAAGAAUCUCUCUUGGUGGUGUAAAGGAUGAAGCUGAUAUUAGGGGCCACCGAAGGACAUACAUUGGAAGCAUGCCAGGGAGACUUAUUGAUGGACUAAAGAGGGUAUCUGUGAGCAAUCCAGUGAUGCUUCUAGAUGAAAUUGACAAGACUGGUUCUGAUGUACGUGGUGAUCCAGCAUCAGCACUACUAGAAGUUCUUGACCCUGAGCAGAACAAAGCAUUCAACGAUCACUAUUUGAAUGUGCCGUUCGACCUGUCGAAAGUCAUAUUUGUUGCAACUGCCAAUAGGAUGCAACCUAUACCCCCUCCUCUGUUAGAUAGGAUGGAAGUCAUUGAGCUGCCAGGCUACACACCCGAAGAGAAGUUAAAAAUAGCCAUGAAACAUCUCAUACCAAGGGUACUGGAGCAGCAUGGCUUGAGUAUGACAAAUCUUCAGAUUCCUGAGGCUAUGGUCAAACUGAUCAUCGAGAGGUACACAAGAGAAGCUGGUGUGCGCAAUCUUGAGCGGAACCUAGCUGCGUUGGCCCGUGCAGCUGCUGUUAAGGUUGCAGAGCAAGUUAAAACUCUUAGACUUGGCAAGGAAAUACAACCAAUUACUACAACUCUUCUUGAUUCAAGGCUUGCUGAUGGUGGUGAAGUUGAAAUGGAAGUUAUUCCUAUGGAGCAUGACAUAUCAAACACUUACGAAAAUCCAUCUCCUAUGAUUGUUGAUGAGGCUAUGCUAGAGAAAGUACUUGGGCCUCCUAGAUUUGAUGAUAGAGAAGCUGCAGAUCGGGUAGCAAGCCCAGGAGUUUCAGUUGGUCUUGUCUGGACUUCGGUUGGUGGGGAAGUUCAGUUUGUGGAGGCUACAGCCAUGGUCGGCAAGGGUGACUUGCAUUUGACUGGGCAGCUUGGUGAUGUUAUUAAGGAGUCAGCGCAGCUAGCUCUGACAUGGGUGAGAGCAAGAGCUGCUGACCUCAAUUUGUCACCUACUUCUGAUAUCAAUUUAUUGGAGAGCCGUGAUAUUCACAUACAUUUUCCUGCUGGUGCUGUGCCAAAGGAUGGGCCUUCUGCAGGUGUGACAUUGGUAACGGCUCUGGUGUCACUUUUUAGUAACAGAAAAGUCAGAGCAGAUACUGCUAUGACUGGAGAGAUGACUCUAAGGGGCCUUGUAUUACCAGUUGGUGGUGUUAAGGACAAGGUACUUGCGGCACAUCGCUAUGGAAUCAAGAGAGUAAUUUUACCUGAAAGGAACUUGAAGGACUUAUCAGAGGUUCCAUCACCGAUUCUCUCUGGCAUGGAGAUUCUGCUUGUGAAGCGCAUCGAGGAAGUACUCGACCAUGCUUUCGAAGGAGGAUGCCCACUUAGAUCACGCUCCAAGUUAUAGCACCCAACUCGCCUUUGAUAUGGAUAUUUGCUUCGGAGGAUCAUCGUCACAGUACCACGCGAAUGAUCAACAGUGAGAGUAAGAGCCUAGCUCUCUUGCCAGCACAGGUCUUGGCACGCCCUCUUUCGUUAGGCUUCGCAUCCGGAAUGUGUAUACUGGUCAGAAUUCGGAGAGCAGUGAGAAGAUCUGCUCGUUCCUCUGCUGGGAUUCCCUGCAUAUUUUUUGCGACACCAGCUGUUGAUCUUUAUACACAGAUGCAAGACAAAUCUGGGAGGAACACUGGUUGGUUCCUCUGUCGAUAAUAUGGGUGUAUAUGUAAUCUAUUCCAGGGAAAUAUAGCUAAAACGAGGUUGUCAAAUCAAAACUAAAGAGAUUGAGAAUCAUCAUACGUCCUUUGGGGUUGGGUGACUUCAGUUAAUUAAUAUAUAUCAUAUAUAGGUCGAAACCACUUGUGUAACAAAAUAUGUGUACAACAUAUUUACAUCUCUUUAAUAUCCACCCUGAGUCAAAUUGUGAGUCA